CGCUAGAAGCCCCUGUCACGUAAAUGCCCGCGGGGCGAAGGCGUGGUGAGCGUGGAUGAAAGCAAGCGUGCACGAAUACUGGAGAAGGCUACGAAUAGUGGACAGCCAUACAGCUCACCGACACUCUCCUCUGCUGAAAACGAAAGAGGGAUGCAUUGAAUGGGGUUCCAAUAUGCCAGGGGAGACCUAUUUUAGAAUCAAGAAUCCAACCAGCUGAAAUACAAGGAAACGCCCAAACCGAAGAUGACGGAGGGGAGACUCUGCCAGGUGCAUCUCCUUGACGACAGGAAACUCGAGCUGCUGGUUCAGCCUAAGCUGUUGUCCCGUGAACUGCUAGAUCUGGUGUCCUCCCAUUUUAACCUCAAAGAGAAGGAAUACUUCGGACUAACGUUUGCUGAUGACAGUGGUCAGUGUAAAUACUUGCAGUUGGACCGGAGAGUUCUGGAACAUGACUUCUCUAAGAAGUCUACUGGGCCUAUCGCCCUCAACUUCCUGGUCAGGUUUUACAUCGAGAGUAUAACACUGCUGAAAGACAACACGACGGUGGAAUUAUUCUUCCUGAAUGCAAAAGCUGCCGUCUACAAUGGGGAUAUAGAGGUGGAAAGUGAGAAUGUCUUCAAAUUAGCAGCAAACGCCUUGCAGGAAGCAAAGGGGGAUUUCUCAAGUGAUGAAACCACCAGAACGGAACUGAAGAAGCUUCCAACUCUUCCCAACAAGGUGCUAAAGGAGCACCCAUCACUUACAUACUGUGAGGAUCGAGUGAUAGAGCAUUACAAACAGCUGAAAGGAGUCUCCAGAGGACAGGCCAUAGUGAAGUAUUUGACCCUAGUGGAAUCCCUACCCACCUAUGGUGUCCAUUAUUAUGAAGUAAAGGACAAGCAAGGCAUCCCAUGGUGGCUUGGGAUCAGCUACAAAGGAAUUGGCCAGUAUGAUUUGCAGGACAAAUUGAAACCACGGAAGCUGUACCAGUGGAAGCAACUGGAGAACUUGUAUUUUCGGGAGAAGAAAUUUGCUGUUGAGGUGAAUGACCCCCACAGGCGGGCAGUGACGAAGCGUACAUUUGGCCAGACUGGCUUAGUCAUCCACACAUGGUACGCCAGCCACUCAUUGAUCAAAACCAUCUGGGUCAUGGCCAUAAGUCAGCAUCAGUUUUACUUGGACAGAAAGCAAAGCAAGGGUAAAAUAAGUGCAGCGAAAAGUUUGGGUGAUAUUGCCAUGGAUUUAACAGAACAUGGAGGAGGAACCAAGAUAACCAGACUGGGAGAUAACCUAAAGCACAACCUCAUUAUGGCUAGCACUGGCAGCCUGGCGUCAACAGGGUCUGCAGAUUCAGCAGUGGAUGAGGAGCAGAAAAAGGAGAAGAUCUCUGAGCUAAAGAAGAAGGAACAAGAGAUCCAAGAUGUCUUGACCCAGAAAACAAAGGAGCUGAAGAAAAUCUGCUUGAGAGAGGCGGAGCUCACGGGCAAACUGCCCAAAGAGUAUCCCCUGUCUGCAGGCGAGAGACCUCCUCAGGUCAGACGGCGAGUUGGCACAGCCUUCAAACUGGAUGACCUCUUCCCAUACAACGAGGACCCUUAUCUGAGGAACCUGGAGAGCAGGUUUGCUCUGCAGCGGAAGAUCGUGGAAGCAGCUAAGAAACUGGCCUCGGAGGCAGAGAUCUGUAAGACGGUGAAGAGGAAGAGGAGGAGGAACUGUCAGGACGCCAUGAGGAAACUGCAGCAGGUCGAGGAUGAGAUGAACAAGUACAGAAUCAAGAAAGGCAAGAAGCCUACCCAAAGAGCCUCUGUGAUUAUCGCAGAUGAGCUUCUCCGUUCAGAGACUAGCUCGCUGUCAGACAGUCAGAUUCUGGAUGACGAUGACUCUGAUGGUGCUCCGAGGCCCCGGUCACGGUCGGUCCAGUGCUCCCCUCAGGUCAGCCCUGCACGUUCCCUGGAUCACCAACACAACAAGAGUCUCAGCAGGUUAGCAGCAUUUGACGGCCAGGAUGCUUCACAUCAUUUUCACCCCAGAGAGGUGUCAUCUGCACACAGCAGCCCCGCCAUAACGUUACCCAGAUCUCCACGGGACCCACGCAGCAUGCCGUCCACCCCCGUUAUGACCCGCAACGCCUACAGCAGCAGCCAUCUCAGGUCGGAUGGGAACUCCCAGUCCUUCAGGCACCGCAGUGGCAGUCUGGAGUCCCAGCAACGGAUACUAAAGGAUACCGACUCAGAGAAGCCAGUCUUCACCCUGUCCCCUGCCCGCAGGAGCAACAGCACAGAGGCCCUGGAGGACUGCUCCUCCUUCACCAGUCAGUCCAGCCUGGACUACCCAGGCAACCCCCACUACUGCACCUUGGACUCUCGAACCCGCAACCAUCAGCUGCACAGGAGGGUGGAGGUCUAUGGAAACACAGGCAGUAUGCCUAAUCUGGUCCAGAAUCAUAUUGGCUGUAGUUAUUUGUACGAGCCCCCAGCGCACUAUGCACCGACUGCUUACUAUGUGGCAGGCUACCCCUGUCCAGACAUGGAGCCCUACUCCAACGGUGCUUACGUGUAUGAGAAUGAGAUGGAGGGCCACUACAAUGUCAACCCUUCCUACCAAGUACACAAUUAUCACAGACACGAGCACUACAGGACCUAUAGUAGUGAUCGAGCGGACAGCCUUGCUCAGAACCCAUACGCCACCAUGAGAUUGCCCCGGACCAGACAGGGGCCCCGCAACGAGCCCUUGCAGAAGAACAUGCAGAAGGCUCUGGUGGCUGAGCACCUGAGAGGCUGGUACCACCGCAGCGGUGGCCACAGAGAGGCAGGCAGGGGUCUGGCUGGGUAUGACUAUGACAACGGCUCUCAGCUCAGCCUGGGAUACCAGACCAUGCCAGCCCCCUUCAGCCACUCCAGCCGAACCACCUCCUACUCCUCAGUUUCCUCAUCAACCAGCACAGGAAACUGGCACAGCCAGUUGGCUGUGGGUGUAACAGACUAUGAGAACAUGACAGAGUCACCCCAGCACCCUCACCCAGGAGCCCAUGGCAAUUACAACCGCAGCCCCACCCAUACCAGAUUUCCCCCAGAAUGCAAUGUGUUGAAGAGGUCUGAUACAAUGCCAGUAGAGUCAGUAGAUGUGUUUGGUGCUGUGGCCAAUAGCACUGAGGAAGACCAUUAGGCAACUAUUCAAACACAGAAGGAAGAGUAUACAUGGAUGGAAAUUAUAUGGGCAUGCACUGAAGAUAAGAGGACCAAAAGAAGCACUGGCACAAUGACCCCAACAUUGGAAGUACAGUUCUCUGGAAGGAUAUCAACUAACCUCUGGACAUACUCUAUUAUGGCACUCUUGAAUGACUCUCCCAUGUGCCUUGGAUUAGAUGGAGAUGGAUAUUAUUCAGGAAGACAUGGGAUGUGGUGAUGGCACAAAUGCAAGGUUUUGGUGUUCUGGAAAACCAGCUUCAUCAUUGUGAAUAUUGUGAAGGAUCUACAAAAAGCAUUUCAAACCCUGGGAUACCUUUGACCCAAAUAUAUUACCCUAUUGUAUUAUGACAAAAAUAAGUCUUUAAAAAAAGUUAUCAUUGUCUUUAUGAUAAUCAGUAAACUGUGUGUUGGGAGUGUAUGAAUAAGGAGUUAAAGCAGGAUACCUCCAAAGUGUUGUGCCAUACAGUACACACAGAGCACUAUUUAGUGAGCUACUCAUUAUACAUGUUGUAAAUCAACUUGAAUAUCUUUGUAAAACAUUUAGGUAUACAUUUGAGUUACUAUUCACAAAGUGUGAUAAAAUAAUAAACCAACCCUUCCUUACGGCAGUCUUUGCGUCCCAGGUUUGUCAGUCAAUGGACUGAUGUGCUCUCUCCUCUCCCAAGUAUGAAUCUGAAUGUACAUGUUGAUAUUGUUUAAAGAUUAUUCAUAUUUUCCUUUUUGUGAUCGUGUUAAUGUGGUGUAAAUUGCUUGCAUGUGAACAUAAACUUUUGAUAACCAGCUUUUUUGUAUAUUGUAAAAAGAUAUGCCUUAAAAUAAUGUUUCUUUAUUGUUUUUCUUUGGUCUUUCUCUACACAUUUGUACAUUGUCCACAUAUUGUUAGGCUUUGUCAUCUCCUACUAUAAGUGAAAUAUCUCCCAUUUGGAUUUGGGACAUCAAUAAAAAACCAGUGUGAGACACA